AUGGCGGAAUCAAUUUAUACUUACGUAGACCAAUUUCCUGAUUUGGCUUCAAAAAUUUUUGGGAGUGGGAAUGUUACUGAGGGCACAAAUAAAAAAAAUUGUGAAGCUUUUAAUAAUUCAAAAUUAAAAACAUAUAAUGGUAAGGAAAAACAAUUUAUCAAUAAAUGCACAAAAAUUGUUAAUUAUAUUGACAAUGUAGGAGCAGAUGUAUCAGCAAAACCUGCAUAUUUUAAGUACGUCAAUUACUGGCUUUAUGAUACGCUAAACGAUGUGAAUCCAUUUUCAUAUAAUGAAUUAUUAGACGAGUUUUAUAAUAAAAUAGAAAAAUUUAGGAAUUGUAAAACUUAUAAAAAGUACAUUAAUGAAGAAAUAUAUAAUGGAUUUAAAGAAUUGCAUAAACUAUAUGACCAUUUUAAUGAGUAUAAAACAGAAUCAAUAAAGGAAACAAAACCUUCCUGUGGUAAAGGAGACGAAUGUGCUGACUUAUAUGAAUUAUAUGUACGUAAAUGCAAAUGGAUGCAUAAUCCUGAUUAUUGCAGUAGUUUAGAAAAAUUUAAGGAUGAAUAUGAUAAAUAUAGGAUCCCAAAAAAUAAAUGCUUAGACAGUAUGAAAUACUUAACGCCAGUCGGAUAUAAUCCAGUAGCAAAUUUUUUAAACUUUACAUCAUUUGGCUCGUGGUUACGCCCUAGACUACCAGGGGGUAAAAAUAAAACGAAAAAAUUAGAAAAGAAAAUGCAAGAAUUAAAAAGUACACCAGACGUUAGAAAUAGUCGAUACACAUUACCAUAUCAGUCAUCAUAA